CUCACAUCCUCCGAGAUAUCUCCAGUACUCCCCCGUUGUUGAUCCCUUUGCAUACGACGGCAGCAUCGCUGCUACCCCAGCUUUUCCAGCAUGGAGAAACAACACCAGCAAGGCGGUGCAGAUGUGGAGUCGGGUCGAGAGGGUAUCCCCCACAUCAACAUGAUCCUGAAUCAGGGCUAUGUUACCAAAGAGAUGGUUGAAUAUGAAUACGAGGGAAGCGGUACAGAGAGCGAUCCCUAUGUCGUGGAAUGGAUGGAACAAGAUCCCAGAAACCCCAUGACAUGGCAUCCCGUCAAGAAAUGGACUUGCAUGAUUUGCAUGGCUCUUGCCACGCUCGUAGUUGCCUUCUGUUCUUCGGCUUUCACUGGAGGUAUCCAACAAAUCCUUGUCGAAUUUGGAGUUUCACAAAUCGUCGUUACCUUGGGCGUGUCGCUGUUUGUUGUUGGGUUUGCUCUUGGACCUCUUCUUUGGGCACCCUUCAGUGAAAUUUAUGGUCGUCAGAUGGUCUUCUGCGGUACUUUCCUGGCCUUCACCGCGUUCAAUGCCGGAUGUGCAGGCUCGCAGAACAUCUGGACGCUGAUCAUCCUUCGAUUCUUUGGUGGUGCAUUCGGCUCGAGUCCUCUCACCAAUGCCGGAGGUGUAGUUGCUGAUCUCUUCAAUGCUCAAGAGCGUGGUCUUGCCAUGACGCUCUUCUCCAUGGCUCCCUUCAUGGGUCCAGUUCUAGGACCUAUUGUCGGUGGAUUCUUGGGCAUGACCGAAGGUUGGAGAUGGGUCCAAGGCCUCAUGGCCAUCUUCUCCGGCGUCCUCUUCUUCAUCUGUAUUCUCGUCGUCCCAGAAACAUACCCUCCAGUCUUGCUACGCAGACGCGCCGAGACUCUAUCUAAGAUGACUGGCAAGGUGUACAUGUCUCGAGGCGAUAUCGAUCAAGGCAAAACCUCCCUCGGAGAAGCCUUCUCGACUGGUCUCAAGCGACCCUGGAUCCUCCUCUUCACAGAACCAAUUGUCUUCCUACUUUCCAUCUACUUGGCCAUCAUCUACGGAACUCUAUACCUCCUCUUCGGCGCCUACCCAAUUGUCUACCGCGUCGGCCGCCACUGGAACGAAGGCGUCUCCGGCCUCCCCUUCAUCGGCGUCGCAAUCGGCAUGAUCUUCGCUGUAACCUACAGCAUCGUCUACGACAACAAACGCUACCUCCGCGCCGCGCAAAAAGAAAAAUCAGGUUUCGCUCCCCCAGAAGCCCGGCUCCACCCUUGCAUCGUAGGCGGCUCCGCCCUUCCCAUCGGCCUCUUCUGGUUCGCGUGGACCAACUCCCCCUCCCUCCCCUGGGCCGCCUCCGUAGCAGCAGGCAUCCCCUUCGGCUUCGGCAUGGUGCUUAUUUUCCUGAGUAUCCUAAACUACCUCAUCGACGCAUACACCAUCUUCGCCGCCUCGGUCCUCGCUGCAAACGGCAUCAUCCGUUCGCUCUUCGGCGCCGCGUUCCCGCUCUUCACGAGCCAGAUGUACAGCAGACUCGGUAUCCACUGGGCGUCUUCGGUCCCCGCAUUCCUCGCUCUGGCGUGCCUGCCGUUCCCGUUCCUUUUCUACAAGUACGGCGCGACGAUCCGCAAAAAGUGCAAGUACGCAGCGCAAUCCGAAGCGUUUAUGGAAAAAAUCCGCAACAAAGCCGCUGCAGCGAACGGCACCGAUAAAAUUGAUGGUGAUGAGGACGCUGGAAACGACUCUGAUAGCUCGCGCACCCGCGCCGAGCACCACGAGCCCGAAGACGUUGCCGAACAGCGUGCCGUCGACUACUCGUAUGAAGACGAAACCGAGCCUCGCUUCGCCGAGAUGAAGACGCAGAAGGAAGCUGCCGAUGGAGGCGAGCUGCACAAAGUCGGGACGGGCAGAAGUAAUAAGAGUCGACGAAGCGUGCGGACCGUGCAGGACCUGUAUUACGAUAACCCCUACGAGGUUGAUCGCGUAAACACGAGGGAGAGCUUUGGGCCGACGAGGAGUCGGGCGAACAGUGGCGGGUUGGGCAGGACGCUGAGUCGCAAGUAA